CCCCUCACUGGCCCCGCCCCGUCGCCAUGCUGCCCGCGCUGGCGGAAGGCGAGGAGCGGGAGAGUGGCGAGGAGGGCGCGGGUGAGGAGCGGCGGGCGGAGCGCCACGGCAGUUCCUACCACAGCCUCUACGGGUACCGCGGCGGCAGGUCCCCGCGGGGAGCGGGCGGCGAUGGCAGCGCGGCGGAGGCUCCUUCCAGCGAGGACUUCAGCCUCACCUUGCUGGACACUAAUUUACCUCCUGAAGCGGAGACCGAGUUGCGCAGUUUUAUCGCGAAGCGCCUUAAUAAAGGAGCCCUGUUUGACAGAAUGGGGAACGUGGUGUCAGUGGAGCUGAGCAUACCCGAAUGUAAAGUUGGUUGUUAUUACUGUCGUUUCCAACAUGAAAAUCUUCUAGAAACGGCAACACUGGAAUCAGACAUCAAUGCUCCAGAAUAUGUGGUUUGUUUCUUAGGUGGCUCGGAGAAAGGUCUGGAACUUUUCAGACUUGAGCUGGACAAAUACAUUCAAAGUCUGAAGAUAAACCUUGAUUUGGAGCAAAAAUUCUUGGAGACCUCUGUUAACCCCUACCUGAGAAGCUGGUUUGAGAAUGCCGUGUGCCCGAUUCAGAGAGUGGUCCAGCUCUUCCAGGAGAAACUCGCCUCUUUGUUACACGCUGCUUUGAGUUACACCCCUGUGGAAGUGAAAAAUGCAGAUGAAAGAACAGAAAAAGACAUUAGCAGGUUUCUGGCAGCUGCCAGCCUCCAAGGACUUGUUCAGGAAGGUACGAUGACCUCCUUGUGCAUUGCCAUGACUGAGGAACAGCACAAGACAAUGAUUAUAGACUGCAGUGGACCUCAGCCUCAGCUGCAUAAUGCAGGAAACAACAGGUUCUGUGAGGACUGGAUGCAGGCUUUUGUGAACGGUGCCGAAGGUGGAAAUCCGUUUCUCUUCAGGCAAAUUUUGGAAAACUUUAAAUUGAAGGCUAUACAAGACAUAAACAACCUGAAGAGGUUUAUCCGCCAGGCCGAAAUGAACCACUAUGCCUUGUUCAAGUGUUACAUGUUUCUGAAGAACUGUGGAAGCGGAGACGUCCUUCUGAAGAUCGUUAAAGUGGAACACGCAGAAAUGCCAGAAGCCAGAAACGUAGUGACUGUCCUCGAGGAAUUCAUGAGAGAAACAUCAGUGGCUUAAAAUGAUCUUAAUUAUUCUGUACUCAUUGGAGGGCAUUGUAUAAAUUAUUAAUUCCUUCUGUGCAGCUUAGUUUUGCUAUUGCAGGAUUUUUAAUUUAUACUUAAAAGUAUUACCUAAGUCAAAACUCAGGUGUAGUUUUGUUUGCCUUUUCUCUUUUUUUAGGGAAAGCAGUGUGAACUGUUUUUAACGUGCAAAAAUCAGAUCAUACAAACUCCUGCAUAGUUUUCAGCGCUUACCUGAUUCCCCAAAUGACUUGCUCCUUUUCUGAAGAAAUUGGGACAUUUGGGUUUUACAGUCAUUGCAUGAUAAAAAACCCAAAUCCCUUACCUGGCAAGCGUUUCAGUAUUUUAAAUAUCUUCAAAAUGAUAAUUUUUAAUUAUAAAGAUCCAGUUAGUUUUGUUUUAAUAUAUAAAGAAGCACAAACAUCUGGAUAAAGCAUAGUAAAUUAAUUCAUCAUUUGUGUUUGUAGAAGAGAAUAUCAGUAACAAGUAGCUAGUUUCUGCAGUCUGCUUUCAAAUUGGCAGGUUGUUCUGGUACCAGAUCUUGGUAAUGGGUGUGAAACAGAAUAGCGUUAAGACCAAACAGUUCUAGGAAUCUGCUUAUACUUAUGCUGGACAGACACAUUAAAUUCCCAGGUUGUUUGAUGAAUCCUAUUCUUCAUUAGUUUGUGCUGUGAUCAACACCUUCUUUGUGUGUUCUUGGGACCUUUUUUUGCAUAACUCUUAAUAAUUGUGGGGUUUGAGUUUUGGUGAAUUAAACCUGAAAAUUUUACAGAUUAAAUAUUAACUCUAAAUUCAGUUUCUGAAGAACUUUCUCUGAAGUAAACCAAGUUAAUAAUUCCGACUUUAAACCAUUUCAUUACUGUAUCUCAGCAAUGAGUUCUUACUGCAUCACAGGACAUUUACACAGCAGCACGCUUGAAGAAGAUCUUUGGCUGUGGCUGGAAUCAAAUCUCAGGAGGCCUACGAGAGGCCACGUAGAUGAAGACUAUUUCUGCAAACCUGACAUAAGCAAAACUCCUUUGCAUUCUUUUGCAUCGGAGGUGUCCAAGGGCCUAAGGGGCCUUCGAACAGCUCUUCUGAAAACUCUUAACUGCAAGUCUUGCCACUGCUGUUGAGUUGCCAGUACUGUUUAUUGUGACAGAAGUUGACUGCUUUCCUGUAACACCGCUGUGUUGAGGCUAUAGCAGAGUUUACAAUAAACCACAUUCAAAUCCUUCA